UAUUUUGAUCUGUGGAUCACAAGAAGAUACCGAAAUGGACCUCAUAGGCGAGCUGCAAUUGCAAAAAUUACAGAACAAGAAGCCUGAAAAAUUUAGGCAUCGACGGGAUUUGGAACCGCGCCUCCCAGAUACUAGGUUUGGAACGACAAGAAACCCUGAACAAAACAGAGUUCAAGUUGGACGAGGAAGAAUUGAACAGAAUUACAGAAAACCAGGUCAAGUUGUUCUCAGCCGAAGAACACAAUAUCCAAGUGGAUUCCUUAAACUCCGGGAACCACUGAGCCGCGAAUGGGGCCAGUAUUUCCGGCACGAACAAACAAGAUUUGACGAAGAAGAAAUGAGGACAAAGAUGAGCCUCAGCCUCGACAACCAUAGAUUUUUUAUAUGAACUUUUCGACCUGAAUCUGUGGAUCCCUUCCUGGGAUCCGACUGAACUUUUGCCACUGUUCAUUCUCGUGACAAGAGGGAUGCCAUCCGCCAUGUCUCUCAUGUACUUAAGGUUACACUUAGUUAUGCGUGUUUCGUUGGAAUUCUAUUAGUGAGGACACUUUGGGAUUCCUAUCAUACGGAAAAUGAUUUUUCCCAGUGGUCGACCAUUGACUUUUUCCGCCAUCUUGGAAAUAACGAAGAAAACCUCCUUGAAGCAUCGCUCUGACGAAGGGCUAACGCUCGAAACGUCAGCUUUGAAACUCUUUACGGUGUCCAAUUUAUAUUAUCAACUCAGUUGAUAAAACCAAAAUUAUCUUGUUACUCCCACUAAGAGACCAAGAAGCAAUAACCAUACCUAGAUUCGGCACUAGAUUGUUAAAGGACUCUUUAGCAUAUAGAGGUUCGGUGCUAUGGAACUAUGUUAACCAUCAUGUCAAAAAUGUAGGUAGUUUCGCCCUUAAGAAUCCUAGGAGGCUACUCAGGAGAAAUAAUCAUUUCACAAGCUUUACUUUUACUAGUUUGUCAGGCUCGACGGCUAGGAAUAGAUUGACUGAUUACAAGUAUUUUUAAGUUGAGAGGAAAUUUGAAUGUUUUACUGUAUUAUAGUUUCUUAUUUAGUUUGAAAUGUGUCUUAGUAUAAUCAGUAGUUGGCUAGAUACUAUUCUGUUACUGAAGUACACGACCCCACAAGCUUUUUAGCUUUAAUUCUUAUCGUGUAUAAAUAAAGAUUCUAUUCUAUUCUAUUUUACCGACGCAACACCCCGGUUUCUAUAGAAACUCACCCCCUUUAUUCCCUGAAAAAUUGCUAAUGAAUAUUAAGUCGCUUGCUGUUCACAUUUGAAUGUGUGAACAUACCUUUUUCAGCAACAUUUAAGAAUGGACAAUAAAUAUAAUGGUAAUUAAA